AUGCUACAGGCAAAAUUUCUGUCCCAGGAUCAAAUUAAUGAGUUCAAGGAAUGUUUUUCCCUGUACGACAAGAAACAAAAAGGCAAGAUAAAAGCCUCCGACCUGAUGGCAGUGAUGCGGUGCCUGGGAGCCAGCCCGACGCCAGGAGAGGUGCAGAGACACCUGCAAUUGCACAAGAUCGACACAAAUGCAGAGCUGGAUUUCUCCACUUUCCUGAAUAUAAUGUACAGGCAGAUGAAGCAGGAGGAACCCAAGAGGGAAAUCCUCAUGGCCUUGUCCAUGAUAGACAGGCAGAAGAGAGGCGUUAUCACCGUUUCGGAGCUGAGAGCCAAACUGACAAGACUAGGAGAAAAGCUUUCCGAAGAAGAAGUUGAUGACCUGCUGAAAGAAGCCAAAGUUGGACCAAAUGGAACAAUAAAAUAUGAAGAAUUUGUCCACAUCAUUUGUCUUCCUACAGUUGACUACUAA